UGUCAGGGACAACACAAUGUCAAAUUCGUGUUUAUUUGUGAAAUUGAAACUUAACUAGAAAUAAUUUGUAUAUAAGUAUGAAAAUAGGCCGUAAAUAAAUCAGUAUCCCAGGAAAUGGAAUGUAAACUACUAUUAUACUCACUUAAAUAUCCGUACAGUAUCCUGUUCAAACAAAUCGUCCCCAGUUCACUAGUUUCAAGUAGAUCCUUUGUUUUGUCUUAUAAAAUUAUUGGUGAGGGUGUGACGGAACCGGAGGAACCUCCCAUUUUCAUUUUUCAUGGCCUUCUGGGCAAUAAGAGGCAUUGGGAGGGCAUCGGCAAAACAAUACUGAACAUGACCAAAAGAUGUGUGGUAGCCGUCGACCUCAGGAACCACGGCGACAGCCCACAUUUGAACACUCAUAAAUACGAAGAACAGGCAGCUGAUAUUCUUCAUCUGUUUGAUAAACUGGGUGUGACACAAGCUAGCCUCAUCGGGCACAGCAUAGGUGGGAAAGCAGCGAUGUGUGUAGCCUUGACACAGCCUAUAAGAGUGGCUGGUGUUCUUGUCGUUGACAUUUCACCGGCAUCGAUUUCAAAACAUUAUAACGACCAUUUUCAAAGGAUACUAGCUGCUAUGAAAGCCGUGACUUUUAAAAAGCCUGUGUCCGUGAACGAAGCAAGAAAAGAAGCUAUGAACCAGCUAAAAGAUGUGGUCACUGACGAUUUUCUAUUAAAAACUAUAUUAAGCAAUAUCAAAGAAAGAUCAGACCACACGAUCGGGUGGACUCUGAAUAUAGAUACGUUAAUGAGACAAUUCAAACAUAUUGUAACGUUUCCUAAGAGCAUGAAGAUGAAAAAAUACUAUGGUCCAACAUUAUUUAUUGGAGGACAACUAUCCGACUUCAUUCCGCCCGACGAUUUGACAGACAUAAGGGCCAUGUUCCCGAAAGCCGUCAUUACAUACAUCCCUAAAACUGGGCACAACUUACACCACGACGAUCCCAGAUCAUUUCUAGAGAUCACGAUUGCUUUCAUCAGAACCCAUCACUUCAAACGUACCUUUAAACACCAUCCUGCAAUAACCAACUUCUGGCAUGGAAUGGGUGUAUUAUGGUCAAAUAAAUUGAAAAAUUACUCAUUUAUUAAAAGGUUAUGGAACAUAAACGUCGUAAUAACAAGAUCAGCAUUAGAUUUGGCGCACAAAGUCUACGGGCCUAGCCCUCCAAGUGGUACACCAAUAUUUGUCCUCCAUGGUUUACUUGGAUCGAAAAGGAACUGGGUCAGUGUGUGUAAUUACCUGAGGGACUCCACAAACAAUUCUGUGAUAGGAGUAGAUGCUCGUAACCAUGGUGACAGCCCCCAUGAUAGCUCCCACACCUAUCUAGAGCUGGCUUCCGACGUGUCAAGAUUAAUAACAUCAUUAUCACUGAGCCAGGCUGUGGUUAUAGGACACAGUAUGGGCGGCAGGACAGGAAUGACUUUGGCUCUUACAGAGCCGUCAAAAGUAGCGAAGCUAGUCGUAGUAGACAUAUCACCAGUACCAUCGAUACCAUCUGGAGACUUCUUUCCAAAGCUAUUAUCUGUUAUGAAAUCUGUAAGCUUCGAAGGCUUGGAUAGCGCACAAAAAGCAAAGAACGCAGUUAAAGCAAAAAUAGAAGAGUCUGGAUUAGUUAAGAAUGCGGAUCAUAUGUAUUUUAUUUUUAUGAAUAUUGGUCAAGGAACAGACGGUUCAUUCAGAUGGAAAUAUAAUAUCGAUGCCUUAAUAAAAUAUUUUCAUGAAAUUGCCUCUUUUCCGGAUUUGAGUGGCAAAACUUACGAAGGCCCUACUCUGUUUAUAGGUGGCCAGGAAUCUGAUUAUUUACCACGAGAUGACUUAGUAGCAAUAAAGCAACUUUUUCCGAAGGCCCAACUGAAAUAUGUGAGUGGUGCUGGACAUAACGUACAUGCAGAAAAGCCGGAAGAAUUUCUUAAAGUAGUCAUCAAUUUUCUAUCAGAAAAGUGAAUUCUGAUUUUUUGAUAUAUGUAUUUGCUUUUUGUUAAGUCUUUUAACUAGUUUUUUCUUAGUGAAAACAAAGGUAUUUUAUAUUAUGAAAUGUCAUUUUACUACAUUCUGAUAAAUAAAGUAUUUUUUUUUUAGCCUUACUUAAUCAAGCGUGAAUUUGA